GCUCUGGGCACCCGCACCCCGACACGGCCACCGCGGCCCCGGCCUGUCCCGGCCCACGACCCCCGGCCUGACCCUUCCUGCGGGCUGGCGGCCACAGGCGCUGCUGGGCAACCCCUCAACCCUGCUCCUCGCUCGUACUGCCCAUCCUGCGGCCCUGCGAAGUCCCCAGGACACUCCUGCAGGCCCCCGGGAAGGGCAGGGAUCCUGCCGCACCUGACUGCAGUGCAGCCUUGUGCGGCCGCGGGCAGCGGCGACAGGCAGCAGCCAGCGCGGCCCCGUGCUCCCACGCCACGGCGCAGGGGGGGAGUUUCUCCUCCUUUGUCUGCUCCCGGCCAGGCAGCAGCCGGUGCGCGGCAGCGCCGGAGCAGCCGGGGAAGGGCCUCGGCAGGAGGCGCGGAGGACGGCGGCCGCGGUGCUCUCUGCCCCGGCACAGCCACCGGCCCGGCCUCGCCGCGCUGGGAACGAGCAGCGAUCCCGGGGGAGCCAAGCUCUUCAUGACGGAAACCCGACCAGGCAGCGGGGACGGCAGCUGCGCCCGGGUACGGGGAGGACGGCAGCAUUGGGGACAAGGACACCCGCGUCCCGUCCCCACCCCCGGCGCCCGCCGUCGGCCAUGGGGAACGGCAUGAGCCAGAUCCUUCCUGGCCUCUACCUUGGGAACUUCGUUGAUGCCAAAGACUUGGAGCAGCUAAGCAGGAACAAGAUCACCCACAUUGUUUCAAUCCAUGAAUCCCCCCAGCCCUUGCUGAAGGACAUUACCUACCUCCGCAUCCCCCUGCCUGACACCCCUGAAGCCAACAUCAAGAGGCACUUCAAGGAAUGCAUCAGUUUUAUCCAUCAGUGUCGCCUGCAUGGAGGGAACUGCCUCGUCCACUGCCUGGCUGGCAUCUCCCGCAGUACCACCGUGGUCGUUGCCUAUGUCAUGGUUGUCACGGAGCUGAGCUGCCAGGAGGUGCUGGAUGCCAUCCGAACCAUCCGGCCCGUGGCCAACCCCAACCCCGGCUUCAGGCAGCAGCUGUCUGAGUUCAGCGGCAGUGCAGCCCGCAAGGUCCGCAGGCACCUGAAGCAGAAGUAUGGGAUGUCCCCUUUCAAUGAUGAGGAAGAAAUAAAGGCCUUGCUGCCAGUAGGGAGAGAAGGAACGUCCAGGACAGAGGGAGCUGUGCAAGGACUGGUCCCAAGAGCCAGAGACAUGAGGAGCACAAGUCCCUUCCUGCUGCGGGUGAAGAGGACGUUCUCCUGCAUCCCGGCUUGUCUGAAGUUGUACCUGCCCCCCUUCCGCGAGUGCAGGGCGCGGUGUGUUGAGAAAUGCACCUCGUGCAGGUAUCUCGAACCGUCGAUUACGACAUCACUUUUUCCUGAACACGGGUAUUUGACGCUGCUGCGUUGGGAAAAGUGGAGCAGAGAAAAAAAUUUAAGAACCGUCCCCCCCGUCCUUGGGGCAGACAGAACCUGCGGCGUGCGCCAGGAAAGGGAAAGUGAAAGCCGGAGCCGCUUUCGGUUUCGCCGCCGGGCCGCGAUGGCGGAGCCGGGGGCGCCCAUGCGGCUGAAGGAGUGGCUGAUAGCGCAGAUCGACAGCGGCCGGUACCCGGGGCUGCGCUGGGAGAACCGGCAGCGAACGCUCUUCCGCAUCCCCUGGAAGCACGCGGCCAAGCAGGAUUACCGGCAGCAGGAGGAUGCUGCGCUCUUCAAGGCUUGGGCCAUCUACAAGGGGAAGUACCACGAAGGGACGGACAAGGCCGACCCCUCCACCUGGAAGACGCGGCUGCGCUGCGCCCUCAACAAGAGCACCGACUUCCAGGAGGUGCCCGAGCGGAGCCAGCUGGACAUCUCCGAGCCUUACAAGGUGUAUCAGAUCGUGACUGACAGAGCCUGUGAUGCAGAGGACAGCGACAUACAGUCCCCAGGCAGUGAGGACCAGCAGGGCAGCACAGCAGGGAGUCCGAAGAAGGAGGAAAGCCCGAAGGACAUGCUGGACAGUGCCCAUGUCUCUCCACAGCCCUGGUUCUCUGGCCACCCAACAGAGCGAGGGUGCCUUGUGAGGGGAAUCUUCUAUGGCUGGAACCCAACCCACGGCCAGCUUCUUCCCGGACCCCAGUCCUACCUCCCUGUGGAGGAUGUCAACAAUUCAGACUGCUGGCUGCACAUCCGCCUGUACUACUGUGAUGUGCUGGUGAAGGAGGUGACCACCCGCACGGCCGAGGGCUGCCGCAUCACCACCAGCGCCGUGCCGGCCGACAGCGAGCGCCUCUACGGCCCCUCCUGCAUGGAGCAGAUUCAGUUCCCCCCACCGCAGGUGCUCAGUGGCCAUGGCCGCGUGGCCUGCAUGACCAACGUGCUGGAGAGGCUCUUGCCCCACCUGGAGCGUGGGGUGCUGCUGUGGGUAGCACCUGAGGGGGUCUUCAUGAAGCGCCAGUGCCAGGGCAGGGUGUACUGGAACGGGCCGCUGGCCCCGCACAAGAACUGGCCCAACAAGCUGGAGAGGGAGAGGACUUACAAGCUGCUGGACACACAGCAAUACAUACAGCAGGUGCGGGACUACCUGAGCAACGGGCAGCUCCUGCCUCAGUACCAGAUCUACCUGUGCUUCGGGGAGGAAUACCCCACCCGAGCUGGGCACCCUUUCCAGAAGCUCAUCAUGGCUCAUGUGGAGCCGGUGUUCGCUCGGGAGCUCUUCCAUCAUGCCCAGCGCUUGAGGCCAACCCUGCUCUGCAAUUCCCCCCAGCCCUGUGCCCCUGGCACCUCCAGCCACGUUCUCCAUGUCCUCAAACAACUCUGCCAGCCCUGAACUGGGUGGGAGAAGAGAGCCCAGUUGCUGUAAAGUCUCAGAGUGGGAGGCUCUGAGCCCCAUGGCUCCAUUCCAGCUGCAUGUCCCAAGGCAGAGUGCUCAGGGUGCUCAGUGUGUGGGACCAGACAAGGACAGAUGUUAGCUGGGUGGGCAGUGCUGCUGCCCCUGUGAUUGCUGUAUUUAUUCCUCAGGAGUCUCCCAGGUGGGGUUUGUUGUGUGCCUAUUCAGCAAGCCAGGGCAGACCUGGCGCUGUCCUUGCACCUUGCACUGCCAGGACUUGCUGUUGCAAAUCUUAGAAAUAAAGGUUGUGUUUUCGUA